AUGCUACCACCGGCCGAUGACGUCACCGCCGAGGGAGCAGCAAGCGGAUAUCCCGAUACCGUGCUCCGUGGUAUCUUCCGGAGGGCUCUUAGUGCCCGCAUUAAGGAUGAGCUAAUAGCCAAGGAUAAUACUACAUCGCUUGAUGACUUGAUAAACUUAGCGAUUUGUUUAGACAACCGAGUAAAGGAGAGAAUCAGGGACUAUGCAGAGGAGGGAUACCAGGUUCAUACACCGAUACCACAUUCGCCCACGGAGCAGAGGAGUACUCACCCCAUCAAGGUUGAUGGUGAUACGGAGGUUCCAAUGCAGCUGGGAGGACGACGACUAGCCGCCGAGGAGAGAGCCCGUCGCCGUCGCCUGAACCUGUGCCUGUAUUGCGUUCGUCGCCAAGGGUCGACUCCAGGAGCACCAUCGGCACAUCUAUCGCUAUCCAGUAUCGAUCCUCCCGUCACCAGCAGCCAGUCCUCAGCUGGUAUUUGUGAGUACCCCCAGGAAGUGAUCGACACAGGCAAUGAGUCCCUGAGACGUCUCCAGACCCGGUUCACGCAAUGUCAAGCCCGAUGCCCUAUCAAGAGUCUUCAGCCCCACGGAGGAGGGAAAGGCACCAGAGACUAUCAUACCUGUGGCUCGAGUGUUGGGUGCACUCCAGUGGGAGGUGGAGAGGAAGGUGUCGGAAGCAACAGAUGGGAGGAGACCACCAGAGGGCUGCCCCCCAGGAAGACUGUUCGUCCCAGAGGAGCUCGGUCAGAGGUACUACAAUGGGGUCACACGUCUAAAGUAACCUGCCACCCGGGACUCAAACGGACGCUAUACGCACUGGCGCAAAGAUUCUGGUGGCCUUCUAUGGCGGCGGACGCCAAGGAGUUCGUCGCGGCCUGCUCUGUCUGUGCCAGGAGUAAGUCUUCAAACCGACCACCAGCCGGCCUGCUCCAACCAUUACCCAUCCCCGCCCGGCCCUGGUCUCACAUAUCCUUGGACUUCAUUACCGGUUUACCUGCCUCUAGGGGGAACACGACAGUAUUGAACAUUGUGGACCGGUUUUCUAAGAUGGCUCAUUUCAUUGCACUACCUGGACUACCUACAUCCCUGGACACAGCUCGUCUGCUGGUGAGACACAUUUUUCGUAUUCACGGCAUUCCCACGAACAUCGUCUCAGACAGGGGCCCCCAGUUCACGUCCAGAGUCUGGAAGGCAUUCUGCAAGAUGCUGGGGGCCUCGGUCAGUCUUUCUUCCGGUCACCAUCCCCAGACCAACGGCCAGACAGAGCGGGCCAACCAGGACCUGGAGGCUGCCCUUCGUUGCGUUUGUCACCGGCAUCCAUCUUCCUGGGCCCCCCACCUCCCCUGGGUGGAGUACGCACACAACACGCUUGUCAGCUCUGCCACAGGUAUGUCACCCUUUAAGGUCGCUUACGGAUAUCAGCCCCCACUGUUCCCUUCACAGGAGGCGGAAGUUGCAGUGCCAUCCGUGCAGGUUCAUCUACGCCGAGCCCGGAGGAUUUGGAGAGAGACAGUCGCUGCACUAGGCCGCACGGCGGCACGAAAUCGACGGCUGGCUGACCGUCACAGGAUCCCAGCUCCCACUUAUCAGGUUGGCGAUGAGGUCUGGUUAUCAUCCAAGGACUUACCUUUAGCAGGGACUAAUAGGAAGCUGGCGCCCAGAUUUGUGGGUCCCUACACUGUGGACUCCAUCAUCAACCCCUCCUCCGUGAGACUCAAACUGCCAUCCAGUCUCAAAGUACACCCAGUGUUCCACGUCUCCUGUCUCAAGCCUGUAUCUACCAGUCACCUGUGCCCUCCGGUCGAGGCUCCGCCCCCGCCGCGCUUGAUCGAUGGCCACCCAGCCUACACUGUGAAGGCCAUUUUGGACUCCCGAAGGAGGGGCAGAGGGUUCCAGUAUCUGGUCGACUGGGAAGGUUAUGGUCCUGAGGAGCGUUCAUGGAUCUCCCGCUCCCUUAUCUUGGAUCCGUCCCUCAUUAGCGACUUCCACCGUCUCCAUCCUGACAAGCCAGGUAAGCUGCCAGGCGGCGCCUUAUAA